AAAAUCUCUAUGGCACCAUCGGGAAGAAAGCAUGGAGGAAAAGCUGGUAAACCAGCCCAGGAAGAUCAUCCUAUACCUGCCUAUGACUUUGAGGAGGAAAGGAAAGAGCUCAGUGGAUCCGAGGAAGAUAUUAGAGAAGGUGAAACACCGGUAAUGGACAAGCAUGGAAAGAAAAGGUCUUUAGUGAAUACUCACGUGGUUCCAGAUGAUGUGGGGGGUGAAGUACAGAAUAUGCUGGAAAGAUUUGGAGCUGAUAUUAACAAGGCGCUCUUAGCUAAGAGGAAAAGAUUAGAAAUGUAUACGAAAGCCUCACUCAAAACCAGUAACCAGAAGAUUGAGCAUGUUUGGAAAACGCAGCAGGAGCAAAGGCAGAAGCUCAAUCAUGAGUUCUCCCAACAGUUCCUGACUUUAUUUCAGCAAUGGGAUGUAGAUGUGCAGAAAGCAGAGGAGCAGGAAGAAAAACUAGUGAAUAUGUUUCGUCAGCAACAAAAAGUUUUUCAACAGGCAAGAAUAGUUCAAAGUCAGAGACUGAAAACCAUUAAGCAACUCUAUGAACAAUUCUUAAAGAGCAUGGAAGAGCUGGAAAAGAACAAUGAAAACCUUCUAGCUGGCGCACAAAGUGAGCUUCGCAAAGAAAUGGCUAUGUUGCAGAAGAAAAUUAUGAUGGACACCCAACAGCAGGAGAUGGCAACUGUUCGCAAGUCUCUUCAGUCCAUGUUAUUCUGAUGGCUCAAUGGAGAAACAACUUGUACCUAAGUAACAUGAUACAAGUAUAGGCAUUAGCCAUAGCCAUAGUAUGUUAAGAUCUAAAUGUUUUAAAGUUCCUAUGAAAUGCUUUCAUGGAUUGCUCUAAUCUUGUUUGCUAUGUUGU